AGAUAUUUCUAUUGAUACGGUGAAAACUGUUUGCUGAAAUUCGACGCCUUUAUUGACAUAAAUUCACACCGGUGACAAUGUAGUUGUUGUCGUCGUUGAACAGUUAGCCGUUGACAAGCCUGGCUCGACGGUUAGCUACCCGUGAUGCCAUACAGACUGAUAGACACCAAUGUCGACACCUUUUUUCCUGUAUUAUGUAGCGUUGUCUAGGAAGCUUUUGUGUAUUGCUCAGCUGAAUGAGACAUGUGGAAUGUUCAAGAAAGAGAAUUCUCUGUUCAACAUCAUCGGAUGGUCUCUGGGUUUCCGAGAGAGCUGCCAAGAGCCAAACCCCGCGCUAAGACACUUCAGGGUUAGGCCCCACCGGCUGGUUCCUUGCAGGGGUCUCUUCGUGGGGCAGAGCUCCGUUGUCAUCGCCAGGCACUCUUCCAUCGACCAUCAACUAUCGACAACACUUAUUACAUAGGUACUCGCCCGAAACCAUCUCGCCGCACCCUAUCGAACACCUUCGCGAAAGCGCCGGGGAAAUAAUUUUCGUCGCCCGCCAUGUCGUCAACACACGACUCCAGGCCGAUAGAGGUUACCUCCUCAGCGCAGUUCCAAACCAUCUUGCAAACCAAUGCUUUGGUUGUCGCAGACUUCUAUGCCGACUGGUGUGGCCCUUGCAAGGCGAUCAAGCCCAUCUUCGAGAAGGCGUCCGAGGAGCUCUCUCACGAAAACGUCUUGGCCUUCAUCAAGGUCAACACCGACACCCAAAAGGACAUUGCCCAGGCCUACAACGUCACCUCUCUGCCAACCUUUAUCUAUUUCCGAAAUGGCCAGAUUACCUCCCGGGUGAAAGGGGCAGAUGUGCAGAAGCUCUCGGGCAUGCUUGAGACCAUCCGCGGGCAUUUUCAAGAGGCUAUCGAGAACCCUGGAGGAGCCGCCGGAGGGUCAAGCAGUAGCGGUGCGACCUGGAGAGGUGCGGAGCUGCCUCGCGGCUACACUGAUAUCACAGAUCAGAUCGAGAUCAACCGUUGCGAGCUUCUGAACGUUGAGUCUGGCCCAGAGGGUGUGCGCACCCUGCUUGACAAGUCCAGGCCAAGUGCGCUGUCAGGGCAAAAGAAUGCCACAAAGGACUGGGUGGAAAGUGACACGGAUGAGCAACUGAUGCUCUUUUUGCCUUUCCAGGCCAUGAUUAAGCUACACACUCUUCAGAUCACCUCAUUGCCUCCCUCUGAUGAUGACGAUGACGAAGCUCCCAUGCGACCCAAAACCAUCAAGCUGUUUACCAACAAGUCGCAUAACCUCGGGUUUGACGAGGCCGAGGACAUGAGUGCCACGCAGGCCAUCGAGCUCUCGGAGAAGGAUUGGAACCCGGAUGGCACAGCCAACAUCAGUUUACGAUAUGUGAAGUUUCAGAACAUCAACAGUCUGGUGUUGUUUGUGGUGGACGGGGACGGUGACAGCGAGAAGGUGAGACUGGACCGUGUCCGGUUAGUGGGCGAGGCUGGGGAGAAGCGUGAGAUGGGCAAGCUCGAGAAGAUCGGUGAUGAAUAGAGUCCGUACGAAUCAAGGCUACCCAGUCCGGACUGAGGGUUGGGGAGUUGGAGGGCUUCCAUUUCCAGAGACAGAGAGAGAAAUCAUAUCGACUCCAGAUUAUGAUGAUAUGAGCGUGACUGGGGUGGUAAGCGUCGGAAUGUCUCUUGCCAACCGAACAGUCU